UGCUGACGUCACUCACCGAAACUCUCGCGCGUGUGGCCUGCAGUUCGGACAGCGGUCAGAUCAUCUGAUCAUCAAACACCAAAAACUCUCACCAUGGGAAACUGUCAACCCACAGUUUAUCCUUAUGAAGACUUCGACGUAGUUGCCGAUAUAAAGGCCAUCCGCAAAGCCUGCAAAGGUUUAGGAACUGAUGAGAAAGCCAUCAUAAACAUCCUGGCCAAUCGAAGUGCAGCUCAGAGAAUGGAGAUCAAACAAGCAUACUUUGAGAAAUAUGAUGAUGAGUUGGUGGAUGUUUUGAAGAGUGAGCUGACUGGUAACUUUGAGAAUGCCAUCCUCGCCAUGUUGGAUCCUCCUCACGUGUUUGCUGUUAAAGAGCUCAGGAAGGCCAUGAAGGGCGCUGGCACCGACGAGGACGUCCUGGUGGAGAUUCUGUGCACUGCUACCAAUGCUGAUAUUGCCACUUACAGAGAUACCUACACCUACGUGCAUGACAGGGAUUUGGAGGCAGACAUUGAAGGAGACACCAGUGGGGAUGUUAGGAAACUACUAACAUUCCUUCUCCAGGGUAACAGAGACGAGAGCUACGAGGUGGACGAAGCACUGGCGGAGCAAGACGCCGUCACCCUGUUUGAAGCUGGAGAGGGCAGCUUUGGCACAGACGAGUCAACUUUCAGUUUCAUUCUGGCCACCAGGAACUACUUACAACUACAGGCUACAUUCAAAGCCUAUGAAGCGAUCUCUGGAACUGACAUUUUGGAUGCAAUUGAUAAGGAAACCUCUGGAACUCUGAAGGACUGCUACAUCACACUUGUGAGGGUUGCUAAGAACCCCCAGCUAUUCUUUGCCCGGAGGCUGAAUGCCGCUAUGAAAGGUGCCGGGACUGAUGAAGACACUCUCAUCCGCAUCAUUGUGUGUCGCUCAGAGAUUGAUCUGGAGACCAUUAAAGACAUGUACCUGGAGAAAUAUGAUGUGCCUCUGAAAGAGGCCAUCAGCUCGGAGUGUGGUGGAGAUUUCAAGCGUCUCCUGCUGGCCAUCCUUCACUGAGAGACCCACAUUCAGACCCCGGUGAGCAACAUGGACCAAGGAAGCUUUCAUUUUAGUCCCAGUCAAGGCAAACUAACAUGACUUGUUUUCUGUCUUAUAGUCUGCAAACACAUUUUUUAUAGUGCUAAGUUUAAAUUGACAAAACCUUCAAAUACAAUAUCUUUAAUAUUAAUAUUUUACUACACUGUGCAAAUAUAUAUGAAAUAUAUAAUUAUGAAUAUACAUAACACCACUCAGAAAUCUCAUGAACAGCUGUCCUCAUAAACAGAGACAUGGAUUUGUGUCCAGUUUCUGUGGCAUUCUUUGUUCUUGAAACUAAAUUGGCCAGUUGGAUUUGUUUAAGUGGAGUCUUGUGGUUUCAAGGAUUGGAAGAGAACUUUGUUAGCCUACAUUAUGAUAAUUAUGAGUUGAGAAGUAAGAACAUAAAUGAUGCAAGACCAGCAAUUUUAUUUACGGUCAAAUAGCAGUUGUCAGAUCAUUUUUCCUGCCAGUAUUUUGCCAUACAAAAACCUCACCGUUUUACUGACCAUUUCGAAAUGUGCAUUACAAUGUGAAUUCUGAUUAUGUGUGUAUGACAUCAUGAAGCAUGCAGAGAAACUGCAAUGUAACAUUUUGGUCAGCAUAAUAAUGUAUGAGACUUCUAUGCAGCUAAUAAUGUAUAAUAAUGUUUUGGUAAUGUAACUAACAUAAGACUAAAGUAUUUCUAUUAUUUAGAUGGAAUAUUUUAAUAUAACUUGCAUUAAAUUUUAAUCUUUAACACAAGAAUAAAGGCAGAGUUGUGCUACCCCCCCCCCCCACCAGUAAAUGUAGAGCUUAAUAUUUGUGACAUCACCAUUAAAUUAAACUAAGUUUGAAUAAACCACAUGAUAUGGAUCUUGGACUAUCUUCUGUAUUAACACAAUUGUAUUUUAUUAUAAAUAACUGAAUAAAAAUGCUGUUCAACGUA